AUGACGAUCCUGCAACUGCCCAAAUUCACUCUUGAAAGCAAAGUAACUUUGAAGCAAGUACUGCAAAACCUUAAACUCAAUAAUGCCUUCGGAUCAAAUGCUGAGUUUGGAGGCAUAACUAUCCGGGAAAUACAUAUCGAUGAUAUUAUCCAUAAAGGAUUCAUUUCGGUGAACGAGGAGGGAACAGAAGCAGCAGCUACGACGUUUGCUUCUUUCGUACCACUUUCUUUGUGGGCCCAAGACUUCAAAGCUGAUGAGCCAUUUUUAUUUGCGCUUGUAAAGAAUUCGAAAACAAUUCUAUUCAUUGGUCAAUAUGCGUGA